AUGGACCUCUCAGCCGCACUUCCAGUCGUUGAGCAACAGCGUCGCCUCUCCGACGCCUCAGACGACGCAAAGUCGCUCGCAGACGUCGAGAAACAGCUCGAGCCGCCUGCCGAGGCUGCCGCGACGACGGCGAAGGACCCCGGCGUCGCUCGCAUCGAGGCGCUGUACAAGGUGUUUGGCAAGCGCGGUACUAUCAGCAUUGGCGUCCUCUACGCGUCGAUGCUGCUCAUGGCUUGCGGCACCGCAGUCGACAGUUCGACAACUUACACCUACUACGCCAUCGCGACGAGUUCCUACUCAGCUCACUCGUUGAUUGGCGCUAUCGACGUCGCUUGUGCUAUCAUCGCCAGCGUCAGCCGCCCUUUCCUCGCCAAGAUCGCCGACCAUGUCUCCCGCCCUCACGCCUACCUCUUCGCGCUCACCUUCUACGUCCUCGGCUAUGUCCUAAUCGCCGCCUCGAAGAACAUCGACACACUCGCUGUCGGCAAGGUGCUCUACCAGGUCGGCUACACCGGCCUCGACCUUGUCUCGACCGUCAUCAUCGCCGACAUCUCGCCGCUCGAAUGGCGAGGUUUCUUUCAGGGCGUGUACGCGCUUCCCUGGGUUAUCUUCGCGUUUGUGUCCGGCUUCAUCACUGAGGGACUCGGCGUAGGCGGCUGGCGCUGGGGCUACGGCAUGUUCUGCAUCAUCACGCCCGCUUGCGUCACGCCCGCCUUGAUCGUCCUCUUCUGGGCGGACACACAAGCGAAGAAACAAGGUCAACUCGGGAUCGGCGCUUCGGACUACUCCGUCCGCCUUCAUCUCGGCGGCGGGAAGCACCUCCCGCUUUGGCGCCUCGCCCUGAACGCUCUCGCCAUCAUCGACGCCGUCGGACUCGUCCUCCUCGACUUUGGGUUCUCGCUGGUCCUCCUGCCGCUUACACUUUACGCUGGCGCGGAGGGCGGCUUUGCGAAUGCUUCGAUGAUUGCAAUGCUCGUCGUUGGCGUCCUCCUCCUCAUCGCCUUCACAAUUUGGGAAGCCAAGUUCACCGCGCACCCGCUCAUGCCGCGCCGCAUCUGGAACCGCACUUUCAUCUGCUGCGUCGUCAUUGAUGUCGUCUACUACCUCUCCGCUUACCUCCGCGACACCUACUUCGCCUCCUGGGUCUACGUGAUCAAGGACUGGUCGCUGCGCGACUACACCUACUUUACCAACAUUCCCACGGUUGGACUCUGCACGUUCGGCGUCGUUGCCGGCAUCCUCUUCCGCCUCACUCGCUCGUACAAGUGGACUCAGGUCUUCGGACUAUGCGUGCGCACGCUUGGCUUGGGCUUGACGGUCAACGCUGCGUCGAGCGACGCCAAGCUUGUCAUGACCCAGAUUCUCGUCUCGAUGGGUGGAGCUUUCUCAGUCGUCGGCUCGCAGGUCGCUUCUCAAGCCUCUGUUCCGCACGCCGACGUCGCAACGGCCAUCUCGCUCCUUUCGAUGCUCACCACCCUCGGAGGUGCCGUUGGGUCCGCCAUCGCCGCCGCAGUCUGGACAUCGACGAUGCCGAAGAACCUGGCCAAGAAGCUCCCGCAACUCUCGUCCGAAGAGAUUGCGACCAUCUUCGGCUCGAUCACGAGCGCUCGCGACCAGCCGGCAGAGAUCCGUGAAGGAGUGAUCAGCGCUUACAACCUGACGACUGAGCACCUGUUCAUCCCCGCCCUCGCCGUCUCGUUUGUCGGCGUCAUUGCGGGUCUCUGCGCCCAGAACUAUCGCCUAGGCGACACGCAGAACGCUGUCGAGGCGACCAAGGUGUUUGUCGGGAAGGACGAGGAGAAGGAUGAGAAGGAGGCUGUCUGA